UUUCGCUAAAAAAAAAGACGUGAAAUGGGAAAGGAAGAGGAUAACGUGGAAUUCGAAAUGUGCCCUUCGGACGAGAGGUCAGACAGACUUGGAAGCAUGAACCCCGUCGCUUGUAUUCGUCUUCGAGCGAGCGCCGCCGCCCCUGCCUUCCCAUCCCGCUGCCGAGCAGCGCCCCAGCCCCCUCGCUCCGUCUCUCGUCUUCCUCCUCGUGCGAGCGCCUCCACCGCAGGUGGUAUGGCAAAAAGAAGGAGACUGCUGUUGGUUCCUGCAAUUAGUAUCGCCAUUGGUUCCUUUCAGUACAGUCUUGAGAAGGGGUCAGCAAAAGCUGAAUUUACUGAUAUGCCAGCGCUUCGUGGGAAGGAUUAUGGGAAGACGAAAAUGAGUUAUCCAGAUUACACUGAAACAGAAUCAGGCCUCCAGUACAAGGAUUUGCGGGUAGGGGAUGGCCCAUCCCCAAAGAAGGGAGAGACAGUAGUGAUUGAUUGGGACGGGUAUACAAUUGGAUACUAUGGUCGCAUUUUCGAAGCUCGAAACAAGACAAAAGGGGGUUCUUUUGAGGGCGGUGAUAAGGAAUUCUUCAAGUUUAAGGUUGGAUCAGGACAGGUCAUACCAGCUUUUGAGGAGGCUAUGACAGGCAUGCGUCCAGGUGGAGUUAGAAGGAUAAUAGUACCACCGGAUAUCGGUUACCCAGAUAAUGACUUGAACAAGUUAGGACCAAAACCAACAACAUUCUCGGGACAAAGGGCACUUGAUUUUGUUCUGAGAAAUCAAGGGUUAAUAGAUAAAACUCUCCUGUUUGACAUCGAGCUUAUCAGGAUAAUUCCAACACAAUAAAUACAAGGUUCCUUCCUUGGAAAGAGCAUGUAUUGUUGCAGGGUAUUUUGAUGAAUAUUUCGAGGAGAGGAGUACAACUUUUCAGAAUCGAAAGAAAUCUUUGGAACAUCGACCGAUAUGUAAAUAUAUACCAUUUAUUUUAGUACCAAAAAAAACAUAUGUACAUCCAACUGCGAUUUUUUUUCUAGGAUAUCCACAGUUUCAUCUUUCUCUUUGUAGCAUUUUUCUACACUAAUAAAAGCAUAUUUUGAAUGAAUCGUUUAUAAGUGGAGCCAAUUGGCUUAAUACUUAUUCUGCGCAGGUUUCAUCA